AAUACCGAGGAAUAUUGAUAAAAAAAUAAACAAUAUAGUAGAUGCCUGACAAAAUGAUUUAUGGAUGACCAAAAUGAAUCCAGUUGGUUCUCGAGUUCCUUCCGAUGUUUGGACUUCGGUGACAUCGUCGGUAUAAUGACAACAAUUAUACACGACGAUGGACCAAUGCCCAUGCGGGAUAGGAUACCGACAGAGAGAAUAAAAAAUGCUGCCGACAAGUUCAAGGAAUCCCAUCAACCUGACUAUGAAGAUAGGUUCAUGAAGAAUGGCGACGGAAUUGAACGAGUACACAAUCACAACACUGCCUACCCCAAACUUAGAGACGAGUUGGACAAACGACGGUCUAUCACCAAGAACCGGGUUGUGCAGAAUGGAAGGUAUUGUUUUUUGUGUGAUACAGAUUUAACAAAGAACGGUCUUUGUGGCAGACAGGACAGCUGGUGGCAAUGCCCAAUCUGCCAAAUAAGCGUGAUGGCACUCAUAAUAUGUUUAAUACUGGCACUAGGGGUAAGGAAUUAAAAAGAAAAAGAUCGAAAAUAAAGAGAAAAUACGAAAGAAAACCAAAGAUUAAAAUCGAUAAAGCCAAGACCAAAACUAUAAUUAAACCGAAAUGUAACCAUAGAAAAUCUAACGUUCGAAAUUUGAAAUGCAUAUGUCAAAUAUUAAAGGCGCGAAAUAAGAAAGAUACAGAAAAUUCUAAGCGUCCGAAGAAAGUUGUUAACAAGAAAUAUCAAAGUUUGGAUAUGGAUUUAGACAUUGAACCGAAUAUGUUUUUAAAGAAAGAUAAAAAGCCUAAUUCUAAAGAAGAUUUGGGAUCAAAAGAUCCGGAUACCAGUGAUGCUUCGAUAAGCACAUUUGCGAGUUUUCCAUCGACAAAUCACGAACCACAGAUAUAAAAUUGCAUAGAUAAUUUCCAAACCAUAAACAAUUCUAUUCUAGAUGUGUUAUUGUGUAUAACUUAU